AUGUCCGCUGAGGGAACCGAAAACAAAGCCGCGCGCUCGCGCGUGUUCUUUGAUAUUACAGUCGGUGGCAAGUCCGCUGGCCGUAUUACCAUGGAGCUCUACAACGACCUUGUCCCCAAGACGGCCGAGAACUUCCGCUGCCUCUGCACCGGCGAAAAGGGUCUGGGCAAAUCCGGCAAGCCUUUGCACUACAAGGGCUCUAUCUUCCACCGCGUCAUCAAGCAAUUCAUGAUUCAGGGAGGUGACUUCACGGAGGGCAAUGGUACUGGCGGCGAGUCUAUUUACGGCGCAAAGUUCGAGGAUGAGGCUUUCCCUAAGAAGCACGACCGUCCCUUCCUCCUGUCCAUGGCCAAUGCUGGGCCUAACACCAACGGCUCUCAAUUCUUCCUCACCACCGUCCCGACGCCUCACCUCGACAACAAGCACGUCGUCUUUGGCGAGGUCCUCAACGGCAAGUCCGUCGUUCGCCAGAUCGAGAACCUCCAGACCGAAUCAGGCGACAAGCCCCUCAAGGACGCCGUCAUUGCAGACUGCGGCGAAUUGACCGGAGACGCCGCUCUCGCAGCCGAUGUGAAGGCCCCGGACGCCAUGGGCGACACCUACGAGGACUUCCCCGAGGACUGUGCAACCCCGCCUGAUGCUCAGGAAGUCAUCAAGAUUGCUGCCGCCUGCAAGGAUUACGGCAACAAGGCCUUCAAGGCUGGCGACUUCAACCUCGGUCUCGAGAAGUACCAAAAGGGCCUGCGCUACAUCAACGAGGAGCCCGACUUGGAGAAGGAGCCCGCUACUACCAAGGCGGAACUCCAAGCUCUCCGCUUUACCCUCAACAACAACUCGGCCCUGCUCAACAUCAAGCUCGAGGCCUGGGAUGAUGCCGCGAAGACGGCUACGUACGCCCUUGAUGUUUCCGGAACCAAGGACGCUGACCGCGCCAAGGCCCUCUACCGCCGCGGCUUCGCCAACGUCCGCCUUAAGGACGAGGAGAACGCGAUUAAGGAUCUUGAAGAGGCGCACAAGCUCGUGCCGGAUGAUAAGGUCAUUCUCCACGAGCUUAAUGCCGUCAAGCAGAAGGCGGCCGCCCGUGCGGCCAAGGAGAAGGCGGCUUACAAGAAGUUCUUCCAAUAG